AUGCGGCCCCAAGAGGUUCCUUCAAUUCAGAAUUUGUACAAUGUCAUCUCCGACGACAAACACAAUCCCGAAUCAACAGCCGAAAAUCAAUUGGACUUCGGAUCAGGAAGCACAAGGAAUACGCAAUUACGUACGAGAGACGCAACCUCGACUCCUUUGAAUGAGCGUGACUGGAUCCAGGGGGACGUAGAAACGUCUGCCAUACUGGCCAUGUUAUGUCCCAAUGAGUAUCAAGAACAACUCUUGGCAAAUUUCAUACAUUCUCUGUCGACCCCCGUGACGCUGAAUACAUUCAAGAGCCACGGCGUCUGGCUGGCCGAGGUCGCCGAGCAGGGCAUUCGAUCAGCAUCUUUGCAAUGGUCGAUUCGCGCCCUUGUGAUCAGUCAUCUGGGGCGGCAGGCGUGCGAUGCUGCAUUGAUUCAAAACUCGAGGACUGUCUAUGGAAAGGCCUUACAGAGGUUGAAUCGUGAUCUACAGGAUAGAGAGCAAGCCCUCAGCUCUGACGACACCCUCAGUGCUUGCAUGCUCCUGACCUUCUAUGAAGUAUACAAUUGUACAGAUUCCAACUCUUGGUUGAGCCACGCUGGAGGCGCAGGAAACCUGAUUCGCCUACGUGGUCCUGAUAGACACCGUUCUGGCCACGGAAAGUCCGUAUUUCUCGCCUUCCGCUACUUCCUGGUCAUGGAGGCUUUUCAUUAUCGGAAAGCCUGUUUUCUGAAUACGCCAGAAUGGCGGAAACUGUGUUGGGACAUCUACGAGACUUCGCCAAAAGGGCCCUUCUACCGGGCCAACGAAGAGUACUUUCAAGAGUUUGUUGCCACUCCAAACUAUGUGGUCAGAGCUCUUCGGGUCGUUUCAGCAAAAGAUCCGUCUACGGAUGAUCUCCAAGCUGCCCUGCGCAAAGGUCAAGGGCAUCGUGAACGAUUCAAGGCGAUCAAAUCACGUAUGGAUGCGCAGUUCCCAAAGCUUGGUCUUGCGCCGAACCUCGUACCCUCUGCUCAUAAAGACGAGCUAUUUCCGGAAAUUUGGCAAUACCCUGAUGUCCAUGUCGCUAGCAUCUUUACCGGAUACUGUGCGAUGAUGUGCUUACUCAAUGUCUCUCUUAUGGGUCUAGAGGCUAAAAUAAAACGGCUUUAUACCGAAGCACAUCACGCGCCAGUAGGUGUGGCUGACAUAGUGGAGCACUACGUUCUACAAGACGGGACUGUAAUUCGGCCACCUCGAGCGCCUCGACCCUUGUGGGAUGCAGCCGCUCAAGUUGACGAGCAUCCUUACAGGGCUGAAAGCAUUGAUCUGGCAAGAGACGUUUGCAAAUCAAGCGAAUGGAUGUCAAAUCAGCCAUUCCUCGCCCCCCUGUUUCUUCUACUAAGCCUACGAUUGACGUUGAGGAUUUUGCCCCUCCAAGUCGAGCGACAAUGGGUCAUCGACAUGUUGCUCCGGAUCAGCGCGAAGAUGCAGCUUGCGAAGAGCGUGAUUGAGGACUUCGAGUCUUUUUCUCCAGACGCCGAACUUCCAGCAGGGAUAGCUCUUGUAACGGAAGUGGAGAAGGCCAGGGCAGAACGAGACGUGAAAGACACUCAUACGCACCACUCUAGGUCACGUUCAAUUCCUUCAAGACUCAAAGACGCCAAUCCGAGAUCAGAAGCAGCGUAG